GGCAGGUGCUGGCCCAAAGCACUGCGUUCUCCUGCCGCCCCCCUUCCGCUCUGCCCCUCGCCGGGCCGCUCGGGCGCUGCGCUGACGGCAGCCUGGGGUCGCCGCCGCCGAGGGGACCGCCCGCGGCUCAGGUGCUGCCACCCUCCUGGAAAUAUGGGGUCUGAAAACCCAAGUCCACAGAACCCUGGCUGUAAGAUUAUGACCUUUCGUCCCACUCUUGAGGAGUUUCGGGACUUCGGGAAAUACAUUGCUUACAUUGAAUCACAAGGAGCUCACCGAGCAGGUCUUGCCAAAGUUAUUCCUCCCAAGGAGUGGAAGCCCCGAAAAACCUACGAUGACAUAGAUGAUAUGGUUAUCCCAGCUCCCAUUCAGCAGGUGGUUACUGGCCAGUCAGGAUUAUUCACCCAGUACAAUAUACAGAAGAAACCCAUGACUGUGGGAGAGUACCGGCGUCUGGCUAAUAGUGAGAAAUAUUGUACUCCACGCCAUCAAGAUUUUGAAGACUUGGAGCGCAAGUACUGGAAGAAUCUCACUUUUGUCUCGCCAAUUUAUGGGGCUGAUAUCAGUGGCUCUCUAUAUGACACAGAUGUGGAAGAGUGGAAUAUUGGCAAUCUGAACACCCUGUUAGACAUGGUGGAACAUGAGUGUGGUAUUAUUAUAGAAGGUGUAAACACUCCCUACCUCUACUUUGGGAUGUGGAAGACAACGUUUGCUUGGCAUACUGAGGACAUGGAUCUCUACAGUAUCAACUACUUGCAUUUUGGGGAGCCAAAAUCCUGGUAUGCCAUACCUCCAGAACAUGGCAAGAGAUUGGAACGCUUGGCGAAAGGAUUUUUUCCUGGAAGCUCUCAGGGAUGUGAUGCUUUCCUCCGUCACAAGAUGACCCUCAUUUCACCUUCAAUCUUGAAGAAGUACGGCAUUCCUUUUGACCGGAUCACCCAGGAAGCUGGAGAGUUUAUGAUUACAUUUCCUUAUGGUUACCAUGCAGGCUUCAAUCAUGGUUUCAACUGUGCUGAGUCAACCAACUUUGCCACUUUGCGAUGGAUUGACUAUGGAAAAAUGGCAACCCAAUGUACGUGCCGCAAAGACAUGGUGAAGAUUUCCAUGGAUGUCUUUGUGAGGGUUCUGCAGCCAGAACGUUACGAUUUAUGGAAACAAGGAAAAGACAUUGCUGUCCUGGACCAUAUGAAACCCACAGCUCUGACUAGCCCAGAACUAGAUGCCUGGAAUGAGACGAAGGCAGACUUGAAGGCCAAAUUGCUUCGCAGGAUAGGAGAUGAGGAAGAGGACAACAAACACCGGUCUCACAGAAAAAGAAGUCAACCCAGAAGACAUAAAACAGAGGAUCAGAAGUCUCUGGGAGAUGUCAUGGCUAUUGAAACUGCCUUAGAAGAUGUGAAAGUGAAAGAGGAACUGAAAAGAGGGCCAGAUGUAGAGGAAGAAGAAAGAAGCAAAGUGAUUGAGGGAGAAGGUGACAGCAAAGUAAAGGCUCGUCCUCCAAAAGUAAAAGGUGAGAGGAAGAAGAAGCAUCUUUUCCAUCAGCACCAGCACCACCUGCAAACAUCUCAGCCUCUGCAGCAACAGCCACCACUGCCACCGGCAGCGCAGCAGCAGCAGACAGAGGAGGAGGCAGCAGCAGCACGGCCACCAGUACCCACAGCAGCACCCGCAGCAUCCGCAGCAGACAAGAGCUUGCUGACCACUCCCCUGAACGUUGUCCAGCCCUCGGAGGCACCAGUUGAGGAAGAUGACUUUAAGCCUCGGCCUAUCAUUCCCAUGCUUUAUGUGGUUCCACGGACCAAAAAGGUGGUGUUUGACAAAGAGCACAUGUCCUGCCAGCAGGCAUUUGAGCAGUUUGCGACUCAAAAGAGUCCUGGUUGGCGGGAGCAGACAGUCCCUUUGGAAAUCCCUGUGAAAGAAGAGGAGAGUGCAGAAGCAGAAAAUACAGAGAUUGCUACAGAGACUGCUGCUUUUUCAAAAAUGAAGAUGGAGAUAAAGAAAAGUCGUCGUCACCCCCUUGGCAAACCGCCAACCCGCUCCCCAUUGUCAGUAGUUAAACAGGAGACCUCGAGUGAUGAGGAAACAUUUCCAUUUUCUGGGGAGGAAGAUAUGAGUGACCUAGAGGCUUUGAAAUCUUUACUUUCUCUCCAGUGGAAGAAUAAAGCACCUAAUUUCCAAGCUGAAAGAAAAUUCAAUGCAGCUGCUGCCCUGAGUGAGCCAUACUGUGCUGUCUGUACCCUCUUUUACCCAUAUAACCAGUCCUUACAGAUGGAUAAAGAAGCUGUCCCAGUCUCUGUAGGGGAGACCACCUCUUUCAUGCACCCUUCUAAGUGUGGACAAAAGACGAAGCCUCUGAUCCCAGAGAUGUGCUUUACCUCAAGUGGAGAAAACACAGAGCCCCUUCCUUCAAAUUCAUAUAUUGGAGAAGAUGGAACCAGUUCCUUGAUAUCCUGUGCCAAAUGCUGUCUGCAGGUUCAUGCUAGCUGUUAUGGAAUACGUCCGGAUUUGGUGAAUGAAAGCUGGUCUUGCUCACGAUGCUCAGCCAAUGCAUGGGCAGCGGAAUGUUGCCUGUGUAAUCUCAGGGGAGGAGCACUUCAGAUGACCACUGAUGGGCGGUGGGUCCAUAUAAUUUGUGCUAUUGCUGUCCCUGAGGCCCGUUUUCUCAAUGUGAUGGAGCGUCAUCCUGUGGAUAUCACUGCUAUUCCAGAGCAAAGGUGGAAACUGAAAUGUGUGUACUGUCGAAAGCGGAUGAAGAAAGUGUCUGGUGCCUGCAUCCAGUGCUCCUAUGAGCACUGCUCCACUUCCUUCCACGUGACCUGCGCACACGCUGCUGGCGUGCCCAUGGAGCCCGAUGAUUGGCCCUACGUCGUGUCCAUCACUUGCUUCAAACACAAAGCAGCCAACCAGAAUAUUCAGUUUCGAAGGGAAGUGACCCUUGGACAGACUGUGAUCACAAAGAACCGGAAUGGACUCUACUACAGAUGUAAAGUGAUUGGCAUGACAACACAGACUUUCUAUGAAGUAAACUUUGAUGAUGGUUCAUACAGUGACAACGUUUACCCAGAAAGCAUUAUUAGCAGAGACUGCAUCCAACUGGGACCCCCUCCAGAGGGUGAGAUGGUUCAGCUGCAGUGGACAGAUGGAAUCAUCUAUAAGGCCAAGUUUGUUGCAGCCCAGAUCAGUCAGAUUUAUCAGGUUGAGUUUGAAGAUGGUUCCCAGCUAAUGGUAAAGCGUGGUGACAUUUAUACGUUGGAGGAAGAGCUUCCAAAGAGAGUGAAGUCUCGCUUGUCCCUCAGCACUGGGGCCCCUCAGGAAGAUGUAUUUUCGGGAGAUGAAGUGAGAGCAGCCAAGCGUCCCCGGCUGGGGAAUGCAAGGAAUCCUGAAGAGUAUGGACAAAACCCAGAUUACUUGGCCUUUAUGGAGAGCCUGUUGCAGACACAGUACCAACCUGGAACUCAGAGCAACAUGUUUUAACCAGGAUUAAUUAAAUAUGAAGUUAACCCUUUUCAAGCCUGUAGAAAAAUAACCAGGAAACUGUGGAAUAUACGACCAGCGUUGUGCAAUAGCCUGCUGUGAACUCCUUUCAUCUUCUUCUGGUUUGGACUGUAAGAAAAUCCCGUCUGGCUGCACGCUACCUCUACUUUGCCAGACCAAUAGAACUGGGAGCCUUGAGAAACCUUUAGACAGCGUUUCACAUGGAGACUUUCCAGCGUUUGUACUGAUGGAGCUUUGUGACUAGCUCCUUUUUAUAAGGCUUGGAAAGGGUUAAAAUUUGACGAAGUGACUUUUUAAAAUAUGUCAAACUCUUUUGUCUUUAAAGGUGCUAUUACAUUGACUACUGAAGCAGCCUUUGGAAUUGUGUUUUCUGUACAUAGAAGUCACCUUUGUGAAGUUUUCUAUAAAUAAGCACUAUUAAAAAAAAAAAAAAAAGCAAACAAAAAUAGGAAAACAAAAGUUUCCACAAAACAUUUUUCUAGAUUAUGGCUUUAAAACAGAAAAUAAACAAAAUCUUCUCCUCUCACCCCUCAAUGAAAUGUGACUAAUAUUACACUGGGGAGAGAGAAAGCAAGAACAGAUGUCCUGGAAAAUUCUGGGUUCUUUUGUAAAGAAACACUAUCUCCUUUGUAUUCUGGGGAAGAUGGGGAAAGAAAUGUUUCAUAGCUGGGAUGUUUCUUACCAUUAAUUCUCUUAAAGACGUGAUAGAUGUGUGCAUUUUUGCCAUGUCACCAGGAAGGGAUGCAGUGAAGCAAUGGCCAGGUUCUGGUCAUUCUUAUCAUCUUCCUUUCCCAUCUUUGCUAUCUAAUUUGCUUUCUUGUUUAAAAACAAACAAAACAAAAACAAACAAAAAAAAACCCAAACAGCAUGGCUUUCAGUUAUAAUAUGCCACUUGGUUUUGGCAAGUGUUCUGUUGCUGCUUCUUGUGUUAGUUCCUUUAAGAGCCAUCCCCUUCCCCACUGCAGACUAGAGCACAAAGGGAUUGUUCCAGCUCUCUGGUAGGCAUAUCUCCCAUAGGAACUUUUUUCUUUGACUCCAUUUUUAUUUUUUUGAGUUGUGCUCUUUACAGCUGUGAGAAUCAUUCCAUGACAGAAGCCCGGGAGGUGUUUGUAUGUUUUUCUUUUAUCCUAUUAAAGAAGAAAUUCCCCAAA